CGCUAGGGUUUCAGAGAAACGUGAGGUUAAAGCGACGGCCCCCUCUCCCCGUCCGCCCUGUUCGAGCUCCCGCUUCGACUAGGCCCUCAUCGUCCUCUUCUUCCUCCUCAUCGAACUAGGGUUAGGUUUAGGGUUAGGAGUUUUUGGGAGGAUCUCGUAGAUCGACGCAGCCAUGACGGUGAAGCUCUCGAAGGCGGAGAAGAAGGUCGCGUACGACAAGAAGCUGUGCCAGCUCCUCGAUGAGUACAACAAGGUGCUCAUCGCCACGGCGGACAACGUCGGCUCGAACCAGCUCCAGAACAUUCGCAAGGGGCUCAGGGGCGACUCCAUCAUCCUCAUGGGGAAGAACACCCUCAUCCGACGCUGCAUCAAGAUCCACGCCGAGAAGUCCGGGAACAAGGAUUACCUCAACCUCCUCCCCCUCCUCGUGGGAAAUGUUGGAUUAAUUUUCACCAAGGGAGAUCUCAAGGAGGUCAGUGAGGAGGUUGCUAAGUAUAAGGUUGGAGCUCCUGCUCGUGUGGGACUCGUCGCCCCGAUUGAUGUUGUGGUUCCACCCGGCAACACCGGACUGGACCCCUCACAGACCAGCUUCUUCCAAGUCCUCAAUAUCCCCACUAAGAUCAACAAGGGCACGGUCGAAAUCAUCACUCCUGUGGAGCUGAUCAGGAAGGGGGAAAAGGUGGGAUCGUCUGAAGCGGCCCUGCUUGCUAAGCUUGGCAUCAGGCCCUUCUCCUACGGCCUCGUCAUACAGUCAGUGUACGACAGCGGUUCUGUUUUCAGCCCCGAGGUGCUCGAUCUGACAGAGGACGAUCUGAUUGAGAAGUUUGCAGCUGGUGUUUCCAUGGUCACCUCGCUUUCCCUGGCCCUUUCCUAUCCGACCCUCGCAGCUGCUCCGCAUAUGUUCAUCAAUGCCUACAAGAAUGUACUCGCUGUUGCUAUUGAAACUGAGUAUACAUUCCCACAAGCAGAGCAGAUCAAGGAGUAUCUGAAGGACCCGAGCAAAUUUGCUGUUGCCGCCCCGGCUGCUGUUGCUGAUUCUGGAGCUGCUGCUGCUCCGGCCGCUGCUGCAAAGGAAGAAGAAAAGAAAGAGGAGCCUGCGGAGGAGUCCGACGACGACAUGGGCUUCAGCCUGUUUGAUUAAAUCCGGAUUCUCUGGCCUUCGAGAAUGUACCUUUACUAAGAAUUUUUGCCUAGUUAGCUCAAUUAUCUAUCAGACAUGUUAAGGACUGUAAUUGGUUUCUACUUGCCACUCAUUAGCUCGCAUUUUUGGUUUCCUUGAUUUUUGUUAUUUUCAGGUCAAGUGUGGUAUUAUUUUGGCUGUAUGAUGGAUUUCUGUUGUGGUUAUAGAAUAACUAAGGUUUGUUUUACCUCUUUUUGUAA